UCGUACUCUCGCGCUCAUUCCCUUCCCUCCAUUCCUCUCUUUCUCUCUCUACUUUCUCGAUCUCUCGGAGCUGACGAGUGAAACUCCAACUCAUUGGCGAACGAGAAGUAGCAGCAAAUUCCGGUAGUUUUUCUGGCAACGGAGGCAUGGACUCCGACGAAGGGAAGCUUUUCAUCGGAGGAAUAGCGUGGGACACCUCCGAGGAGAAGCUCAGGGACUAUUUCAGCCAAUUUGGCGAUGUUAUCCAAGCCGUUAUCAUGCGCGACAAGACCACUGGCCGUCCCCGCGGGUUCGGCUUCGUCGUUUUCUCUGAUCCUUCCGCUCUUGAUCAGGUUCUUCAGGAUAAGCACACCAUCGAUGGCCGCCAGGUGGAGGCAAAAAGGGCGUUAUCAAGAGAGGAACAACAAACUUCCUCUAGAAGUGGGAGUUUUAACUCUGGCAGAAGCUCCGGAGGUAGUGGAUAUUUUAGGACCAAAAAAAUAUUUGUGGGAGGUCUGCCUUCGGCACUAACUGAAGAUGGGUUCCGACAGUAUUUUGAAAAUUAUGGCCAAGUAACUGAUGUAGUGAUAAUGUAUGACCAAAAUACUCAGAGACCUCGUGGAUUUGGUUUCAUAACUUUUGACAAUGAAGAUUCUGUUGAUAGAGUACUUUAUAAGAGCUUUCAUGAACUGAAUGGUAAACUUGUAGAGGUGAAACGUGCACUUCCUAAAGAUGCAAAUCCAGGAAGUGGUGGGCGUGGAGGCUAUCAGAAUUAUGGUGCUUCUGGCACUAACGUUAACAACUUUGAUGGUAGAUCAGAUGGUAAUAGAUAUAUGCAACCUCAGUCUACUGCUGGCGGUUUCCCCCCAUAUUCUGGAUAUAGUGUAUCAAGUUAUGGGUAUGGAGGACCAAACAGUGGCGUUCCUUAUGGAAGUUAUGGUAGUUAUGGUGUUGGUAUGUAUGGUGGUGCUAGUGCUGGAUUUGGUGGUCCAGCUGGACCAUUUGGAAAUCCAAGUGCAGUCAAUGCUGGUUAUCUAAGUGGAGCACCUGGGGGCAUGAAAAGUACUUGGACCAAUCAAGCUCCUGGAUAUGGUGGCCCUGGCUAUGGUGCUAGUCCAGGCUUUGGGGCUGCAGCUCCUUGGAGUGGCUCAGGUGCUGGUGGACCUCCUUCUGCCCCGAGGGGCCAAUCUCCUAGUGGGGCUUCUGGGUAUGGGAAUCAAGGUUAUUAUGGUGGAAGUGAUGGUCCUUAUGGUGGCUAUGGAGCCUCUGGUGGACGAGCUACGAGCGCCCCAAAUAGCAAUGUUGGUAGUGGUUCAAGUGGAGAGCCACAUGGCAUGAGUGGUGGUGGGUACAUGGGGAGUGGCUAUGGUGACACCAAUGGAAAUUCAGGUUACUCUAGUGGUGGCUGGCGAUCUGAUGCUUCACAGACUCCUGGUGCUUAUGGUGGUGGAUAUGGUGGCACUCAGUCCAGGCAUGGUUAACCAGUCACCAAAUGUUUACACAUGCCAUCCUUUUCCACGUGCAAGACCUAUGCUGGAUAGCUACAGAUCCUGAGAAUGGUUGGAUCUCUUCAUUCUCAGUGCUAUCAGGCAGUAGUAAUUCUGUAGUUGAAUAUGUCCAUUGCUUUCUAGCAGUAGUAAUAUUUAUUUUUAGGCUUGUUAUUUUGAGGUUGCUUAUUGUUGUGAGCAUUUGGAAAAUUGAAAACAUUGAUAAACUUCUUUUAUGUUUUUUCUUAAUCUCAUGUAGAAGCUAGAAUCGUAUCUAUUUACUUUUCUUUAUGUUUAUGAUGGGUGGUUAUGAGGAUAUUCUAUAUAUUUUUAUUAUAUUGCAAACUUAUUGUUUUUCGUGGUAAUUUUGGUAUAAGA